CACUUCUUAAUUUCUCUUUCACUUCCAAAGAAGUAAAAUCUGCACCAUAACUUAGUGUGAUAAGACUCUCUAGACAGGUUUGGACAGGGUGUUGUAGUUUUUUUUCUUUUUCUUUUUUUUUUACAUGCACAGCUAUAUCCGCCUACAACUAGGCGGGGCUUCAAAAAGGAAGUUAUUUAGGAGUGUUUUCUUUCAGUUUAUAUUCAUCUGUGAGCAGAGCCUCAGAGGAGAAGGGCUGAUAUCAUUUGUUUCUGAAAGACAAAAUGAAUAAUACCAGUUGUCCUCAACCAGAUAAGAAGAAAUUAUUUGAACAUAUAAUUCUGCCAACUCUUCACAUCUUGGUGUUUAUUGUUGGACUGAUUGCUAAUGGAUGGGGAUUGAACUCUUUGCGGCGCAACUGGAGGAAACUGGGGAAUAUCAACAUCUUUGUCCUAAAUCUUGGGCUAGCAGAUAUUUUGUAUCUGCUCACUCUCCCCUUUCUGAUCGUGUACCACCUUAAAGGAAACAAAUGGAUCUUUGGAGAAGGAUUCUGCUUGGUAACAAGAUUUUGCUUCAACCUGAAUCUGUACUGCAGCAUUGGAUUCCUCACCUGUAUAAGUGUGUACAGGUACCUGUCCAUCGUCCAUCCUAUGAGAUCAAUGGGGAGAUUGACUACGACUCACUCUGUGAUCAUCUCAGUCGUUGUUUGGAUUCUGGUGGGAGCUCAAAGUCUCCCAGACAUGUUCUACCCAAAAACAUUUCAAAACGGAUCAAAAUGUUUUGACAGCACCUCAAAUGAACAUAUGGAGAGUUACCUGAAUUACUCCAUCAUAUGGACGUCAUUUGGAUUUUGCAUCCCAUUCCUUAUCACCAUUUGGAGCUACGGACAUGUGACUCUGGUUGUCUGCCGCUCAAAAACGAUUGACCAGGACCUGAAACAACGAAGCUUGAAGCUGUUGGUCAUUCUGAUUCUUCUCUUCUUGCUUUGUUAUGCACCCUACCAUGUCUUCAAGAACCUCAGCAUGUAUUCCAGAGUCCUGAUACAUCAGGAGACAUGUCCCAAAUGGGAUUCAGGAGUCUUCAUUGCUCGUCAGGCAAGUCGUGGUCUUGUAAGUCUGAACAGCGCUCUUAACCCGCUGGUUUACCUCCACGUUUAUGAAGACAUGGGUGCUCACCUCAGGCAGCAGCUGCAGGGAGGUCAACAGAUGUUCAGCCGAUUGUUUAAGUCAAAUUCCUGCUCUGCGCCGGUACCACAGAGUGAACCAGAUGAAGUGUGACAUUUUUCUUUUUGAUUCAAUAUAAUAAUUGGUACCUUUUUAUAUUUUUGUAUUGUUUUUUAUGUUUUGUUUUCUUUUUUCUUAUGUUGUCAGAUGCAAAAACAUUUAAUAAAUUUAAAAUGAAGUCAGAUCGGUUUCGAUGUUUUACUAGAAUAGCAAUAGAAUAAUGAGAAUCCUAUUAUUUUAGAAUAAUAA